GUGAAUUUUCAAAACUUGACGUAAAGCUGGAGGUAUAAUUACUCGUUGUGAGCACCAUCUAUCUACAUUUAUUUUUUGGCGAUAAGUAAAAUCGUGGUUUGGGCAAGUCCACGCGAUUUGGCGCCAGCCACACUAUGAUUGGCUGAGAUCGGUCAUCGUUACUUCUUCGUCUUUGACCACCGACAACAUCCCUCCUCCCGAGAGCCACCCCACGACGACAGCAACGCAGUAUCUAUUGUCAAUUAAAAGCGACGAGCUGAACCUCGACUUGCUGCAUCGAAUGCCACUUCCUACUAUACCAUUACGCUGGCUGUGGCUUUGUGGCUCGAAUUGAACAUUCCAAUCUGCUCUCUCGAAACAGCACAGAUUUCGCGCCAAUUGGAUCCUAUCCAAUGAUCUUGUAAGAUCUGGAUCAACUAUAUGUUGCUAGGGCGGACACCCUGCUGCACAGCAGUGAAGCGAAAGCUACGAGUCCCAUCGGAAGAGAUAUGGAUCACCGACAAAACCCUGGCGUGGGCAUUUCAGCGCUUAUGCCUUCUUUCGAGGCCCUCGAGACGCCAUGGGACGUCGGUACCCGGCCCCAUGGAGUGCAGGCGGCGUUUAGGCAAACGCCGUAUGGCUCACUUUUCAGAGGCAGUUCGACCACCCGCCCAUGAUUUCGCGGCUUUGUGGGGAUUCAGGGGCGCCAAAGAGAACAACAUUUGGCAAUGGGAGGCGCCGCAUAAACCGCCAGAACGAGCUGCUACGGAUCAACUGCCAUCUUGGCUGAUGGAUCUGGAUCAGUCGAGGGCCAAUAAUCCAAACCAGAAUCAUCUGGAAAGCAACGAUGGCCUCGUCCCCGUCUUACAAUCAAAUGCUACGGACGACUUGGAGUGGUUUCGUGACCGCAUCCGCGCCAAAACGACACCCAUUGAUUUCUCAGAUAUCUGUGGGACAUUUUGCCAAACGUUCAAGCAGAGUUUGUCCUUGGGGCAAGUCUCUGCAGCUGUUCUAGCCGGAAGUAUACGUGAAGUGCCGCGCCUCAUUCGAGACAAUACCGCUAGCAAGGACAUAGAACAUGCUCUCUGUAUCUCAUUUUACCAGGCGACAUGGAGAGGCAUCAUGGCAUGCAAGGUACUUCGACCAGCUGAAAUUGAGCCAGAGGUCUUACGAUUAUUGCUCACGAAUCUGCCUCGCCUCCCGGUACAUAUGUCCGCCGCUCUCAUUUCAGACAUUCUUCGGUCCAUCACCGAUAAACAAAAGCACGAGCUUAAAAAAGAGAUUUAUGCAAUUGGGGCCUCACUUUUCUCGCCUGAUACAAGCGCCUCGCACCCCGAAGAAAUAUCCCAAUCUACAGAAACCGCCAAAGCAAAAUACUCGCCGCCUAGAAAGAUGUUCUUGAACAUAUAUGUCUUGAAAGACAUAGUUGGGGCCCUGAUGGAAACCUUUGGGUUGUAUGCGCCUGAAAAGCAAGCAAGGGAGGAAAUAUGCCAUCUGGUUCAACUAUCCACGGCUUACGCAAGCAGGGUCAUCUUCUCUGGAAGUGGGAGGUCCACAGAAGUUUUAGUACGAGAAGGGGAGGAUCUGCGGACGACAUUGCUCAAGCUCAUAGCGCGUGGACCUUUCGCCUCCGAAGCUUUGCUGGUACAGGCGUGCAUGAUAAUACGGGCUGAAUAUCGCGAUGACAGAACAACAAUAACCCUUCCGCGGUUGCGUCAACAUGUCCUAUGCGAUAUAAUGUUUGAAUAUUGGGCUGGGACGACGCCUAAUACGUCAAUAGUGAAAGCCCAUGCUGCGUUUAAGGCUUCGUUUCUAUGUCCACAUAAGCCUCACCGUUCUAUUAUUCAUUUAUGCACGGCUUUAAAACAACAGGCAAUAUGUUGGGACGAGAAAGUUGCCUGUUAUUUGCGAAUGUUACGCCGCAUCCGCGGUGAAAGUGACAGUGUGUACUACUGUUUGAAACGCCUCGAGCAGGCCAAAAUCUACCUCAAUGCACCGACUAUCAUGAAUGAAAUGGCGGCACUACAUACCAAGAAUUUGCGUCACGCGGCGAAAUUGCAGCGGCUCUAUUCAAGAGAUCGCCCAAGAACAUACGAAAUUCCUCUCGAAAAAUUUCCGGGUCUUGCAAUUGCGAUGAUUCAUGAUCCGUCGUGCAAUCCAAGGGAUAUAUUUGACCUACUUGGGGGAUUUCGGGUCUGGAAAGAAACACACACAAGCUGGGCGAGAAUACGCUUAGUGGAGAAGAUGGCUUUUGAAUUUUCGCAGGUCGACUUCAUCUCGAACAGAGUUGCACUCAGGAGUAUCGCAUGGUGCAUUCGGUACCUAAAUCACCACAAAGUUCCCAUAUCCAGUCUCAUUAUUCGUGUCUUAACUGAUAUUGGCAUCGAGGGGAAUAUCAUAGAGAAGGGGUCGAUUAGUCGCGGCAGGUUACAAUGGGUCCUGGGCAUUAUUGAGCGAACGGAGGGUAAAGUGGUUGCGGAAAGAAUAGAAGCAGUCGUCGUUGACGCACUACACCGAGAAAGGGAGCGAAGAGCUCGAGAAGAUUGUGUAAAGAUAUAGGACCCAUAGAUGUAUUCAUAGUAGUUUUAGGGAUCACACCCAAAUUGGUAGAUAUGCCAUCUAUAUUGACACGA